CGGCGCGGUAGUUAGUCUCCACUGUUGUCGUGGCGCUUUGGGACAAGAAGUUGGUGUUCCACGGGGGCGGUGGGACUGAACUCGCGGUGCUGUAACCCCCGACCCUUAACGACCCAGUCUCCUCUCGCCCACCAUUUGGCUUACCCCUUUGGCAGGAUGAGGCGUGCGGGCCUGGGUGAAGGAGCCCCGCCCGGCAGCUACGGGAACUACGGCUAUGCUAAUAGUGGGUACAGCGCCUGUGAAGAAGAAAACGAGAGGCUCACUGAAAGUCUGAGAAGCAAAGUAACUGCUAUAAAAUCUCUUUCCAUUGAAAUAGGCCAUGAAGUUAAAAAUCAGAAUAAAUUAUUAGCUGAAAUGGACUCGCAAUUUGAUUCUACAACUGGAUUUCUAGGUAAAACUAUGGGAAAACUGAAGAUUUUAUCCAAAGGGAGCCAAACAAAGCUUCUGUGCUAUAUGAUGCUGUUUUCAUUGUUUGUCUUUUUUGUCAUUUACUGGAUCAUUAAACUGAGGUGAUGCAUUUAGGUGUGCAUUUGAAAUUUGUGCCAACUGAUAGCUUGGUAUCAUUUUGAUAAAAAUCAGCCUCAAGACAUUACUAAUUUUCAAAUUCUGUGGGCUUUUCCAUUGAAAAUUACAAAAUUUUCCCUGUUUAUAGAUCACAUUAGAUGAUACAGUGCUCCUUGAGUACCAUUUCUUAUUAACUCAUCUACACCCCUAUUUUCAGGGGUUUUGAGAUCACCCAGAGUCAGUGUGGCUUAACCACUGUUUUUUCCAUUGUUUGCUGUCGCAUGAAAUAGCAGUCUAUUGCUACCAUAACUAGAGGUUAAGGUUCCAUUUAAGGAAAUCAGUGGGAGAGGACCCGAAUGCCCGCAGAGCCUGAAUCGGAGCUCUUGAGGUAGUGAGCCCGCCCGUGAUGGAAUGGUGACUGUUUUCCUUGGCUUUCAUCAGCUGUGAUGGUCCGUCCCAGCGGUGGUGAACCUGUGGCACGCGUGCCAUAUCGUCGUCGUGUGUACCACUGCACGCUCUAAAAGGUUCACCUUCCCUGGUCUGUGCUUCCGUCCUCUUUUAUUUGAUUAAAACUGGAGUCCAAUUUCUUUUUACCUGCAGUCUUCUUAAUGAUGUUUGAUUAUACGGUUCCUCUUCACUCUUCCUCCAAGGCCUCCUUUAAUAAAGCUUUUUAUUCUGGCAUAUUUCUAAUAGGGCCCAAUAUACAUGUGUGUGUCAGUGUAGUUAUUUUAAAAGUUUCAUUGACUUGACUUAUAAUAUUUUAUGAUUUUAACUGUUUAGGUAGGACAUUUUAUUACCAUUUGUGACCGAAUAAUAUGAAGUUAAGUAAUUGCUAAGCUCUGAGAGGAAAUAAAGUGUUGAAGCAUAAUUAAUUGUCCCUUUUAUUAUAUGCUGUAAAUAGUGAAAAUACUCAGGCACAGAACUUGGAGUUAAAAGGAUUGUUGCUUUCAUGCAGUGUAUAUGUUUCUAGGAAGAAAAACACGAAGGUGAAUUGUUGAGUAAAAAUGAAUUGCUAAAAUACUGUAAAAUAUUCAAUGAAAUACUAUAAUUGUAAAAUACGAUAAAAUAUUGUAAAAUAUUGUAUUGCUACUAUUUUAGAAUUUACCUAUGUAUAGGUUCCAGUUAAUAAAUUUUUUAUUGAAAUACA